UCGCAGAGUCUCGCGAUAGGCGCUUACUUGUACGGCCGCCAUAUUGUGUGACACUAUUUUGAUUCUUAUCUGUUGGAAGUGAGAAAGGAAGAGAGAAAAGCAGGGGAAACGCAGAAGAGCUGUCAGAAGAGUUCCCGAGUGUGAGAAGCAGCGGCGGCGCGGGAUUCUUCCCUCUCCGCGGUGUUGAAGGGAGUCGGGCCUGGGUUCAGUCAGCAGCCCGGUGCAGCGCGGUUCCGCGGCGCGUCUCGGGGGUUGAAGGCGGCGCGGGAGCGGCGGUGACACGUGUUGGUGCUUGUUCUCGGACCUCGAGCGCUUCUCGCUGGAUCUCAGUGCUCACGUGAUCAUCUCAGCACCUGCUCUGAGCUUCUGCUGUCUCAGCUGAUAAAUGCUCCGCUUCAGAGCAGUAGCACUCUUUUGUUUGCUUCCGGACCGUUUGACAGAAGAUGCUGAGAUAGUGUGUGUGAGCGAGUGCUGUGGUCAAGUCCGUUCUGUUUUGGCAGUAGACGAAUGGCACAGGGAAACCAGCAGAGUAACAACCAGGUUCUGCACCACCUGCGGCGAAAGUUUCCAGAAGUUCCCGAGGACGUGGUGUCCGAGUGUGUCCUGCAGAAUAAGAAUGAUUUAGCUGCAUGUUGCGAGUACCUGACCAAAGUGAGUCCUGGUUUCUUGUAUAGUGAAGGCAGCCAGAGUUUGACAGAUCUUCACAAUCACAUGACCCAGCUCAACCUCGGCGUGUCUCAGAAUACCCAUGGUGCAGUGCAGCGAGAUGUAGUAAGGAUGAAUGGCAGCAGGACUGUCACGCCCAGUAUGAGCGAUGGGCCUUUGAGCGUGCCUUCUCCCAUCUCUGAGUUCUACCAGCCCCAGACGCCGUCUGUGCCGACACACACACCCACCAGCCUCAGCGCAUUCACUGCCAUGGAGUCCACUCGCAAGCCGCAGCCUCCUCAGCACCUUGGCCUUUACCAGGUUGGGGGCAAAGGUCACGGACCGCCUCCAACCCCGCGCUUCAACCCGAUCACGGUGACGCUUGCGCCGAACACCGGCCGCAAUACACCUACCUCCCUGCACAUCCACGGAGGGCCUCAGUCGGGUCUGAACAGUCCAAACUCCAUCUACAUUCGCCCGUACGUGACCCAGCCGGGCUCCACGCGACAGGCACAAGGCCGAGCUCAGUACAGUCCCACCUCCCAGCCUGCUCAGCAGAUCUACCAGAUCACCCAUCCUGCCACUCCCUGGAGCGGCGGCCAGCAUCAGACCUCACACGUGUACAUGCCCAUCAGCUCGCCCACCAACACCCAGGCCCCCUGCAUACCCUCGGCUGUGGCGUCACAGGCCUCCUCCUCGUCACCCUCGCCUUCCUCCUGCUCGUCUGCUGCCUCCUUCAGCCAGUACAACAUCCAGAACAUCUCAACAGGGCCACGGAAGAAUCAGAUUGAGAUAAAGCUGGAGUCUCCACAGAGAGUGGCUGGAGGUUCGAGUGCGGCCACGGCUACGCUCCUGCGCUCCGGCUCUGCCUCGCGACCCGCCUGCAGCUCCACGUCUUCGUCCUGUCCGUCGUCCUCUUCGCUGGCUGCCAGCACAGGUCCCUCCCCCCCGAUCUCGAUUGGAGGAGCUGGGUUGAGUCGCAGCCAGCCCACGGUGUACAUCUCUGCCUCCCCACCCACUGCUGCUGCCACCUCGUCGGACGACGGUGCCGUUGUGCCCAACACGCCUCGUUCACAGCCCAAGUUCUAUAUUUCUGCAAACACAUCCGCAGAUGACGGAGGGGGAAGGAACACACCUACAGUCUAUAUCUCAGCCAAUCCUGGGCUCCAGGCCUCUGCGGGUCUGCGGGCUUUAGGAAGCCAGGUGAGCAUGGGCCCUGCGUAUAUACACCACCACCCGCCCAAAUCCCGUCCCUCUGUGGGAGCCGGAGGCACGGCCACGUCUCCUCGUGUGGUGGUGACACAGCCCAACACCAAAUACACCUUUAAAAUCACUGUCUCCCCCAAUAAACCUCCGGCGGUGUCUCCUGGAGUGGUGUCGCCAACGUUCGAGCCGACUAACCUGCUCAGUCUCCCAGGAGAUCACCAUUACUCCGAGCCGGACCCCCCGUACCAGCCGGACCCACUCUCACCUCACCGGGACAGAAGCUCGGAGCCGCGCAGACUCAGCGUGGGAGCGGACGACGCCGCGUACACACAAGCUUUGCUGGUGCAUCAGAGAGCACGCAUGGAGCGACUGUGGCACGAGUUAGAGCAGAAGAAGAGAAAGCUGGAGAAGCUGAAAGAGGAAGUCAACGAGAUGGAGAAUGACCUCACGAGGAGACGAAUGCAGCGCUCCAACUCCGUCUGUCAGAUACCAUCUAUUGAGGAGAUGAAACAAUUGAGGUGUAAGAAUAGACUUCUACAGAUCGAUAUUGAUUGUUUAACCAAAGAGAUUGACCUUCUUCAGACACGAGGACCAGACUUCAAUCCCAUUGCAAUUCACAAUUUUUAUGACAACCUUGGAUUCUUGGGUCCCGUUCCUCCUAAACCUCUUAAAGGUCCUACGAAACAAGGUGUGGAUCACACAGGCUCUCUGGACAGGAGAGGGCGCAGAAUCAAUGUCAGCUCCAAGUUAAAGAGAGACCCGUCUCUUCCUCCUGUUCCUCCUCCUGCGGCUGCACCCGUGGAGGGCAGUAGGAGUGCGAGGGUCGUGCCGGAGCCCGAGGAGGACGACGGUGUUCAGUGGAGCUGUACUGCCUGCACCUUCCUCAACCACCCUGCUCUCAUCCGCUGUGAAGAGUGUGAAUUCCCCCGGCAUUUCUGAGCCACACACACAGUACACCUAGCAUUCACACAGACGUGUAGACGGCCGCCGCUCGGCCUCCAGCGGGAGAUCUCGGACACGUCUGUUGGAGGUUUUCUCUAAAGCUUCCUCUUUGCCCCACAGUGUCAUUGUAUGUUUGUCUUGUGAUGUCCACUGAAGACUGGAUGAUGUUUACAGCUCUGUGUGUCUCUGUACAGAAUGUGUGUGUGUGUGUGUGUCAUGUGGGAGAUCAAGGGAUAUUUCACCCACUUGAUCUGUGAAGAGGCUCAGUGAUAUUAACACGUUUAUUCCAUCCACACGCGGUUGUGGGUUCGGAUGCCAGUGUGCCUUUUUUCAUGGGAACUGAUCGGGACUGCUUUAUCCAUGCUGUUCCCAAAGGAUCAUGGGUGGAAUCUGCUAAACUCACAGUUCUUUUGUUUGAUCAAUGAAAUGCAAAAAAAAGAAAAGAAAAAAAAAAAUUCCUGCAUGUUUUAGAUGUACAGUUUACAGAGGAGUCUCCGCCACAGAUUUUACUGUACAUAGUUUUAGAACCAGCUUUUCUUUCUCGAGAAUUCACAUGUAUUUCCUGUAAGUAUAGCUUUAUAGACUUCAUUUAUUUCUAUGUUGUUGUUCUUGUUUGUUUCUCUCAGAUGAGUAUGGUUUUUUGUGAGAACUUAAAGGGAUGCUAAAACAGCGUGCAGCUGUGAAUGAAAAAACAAAAACAGCUCUGUCAAGCACUCUAUUCAGCGUACGAGCUGCAGACGCAGCAAAACUGAACUGAAAAAGAUCUAGAUUUUAUUAAUAAGGUACUGGACCUCGGAGCAGUCAAAGGACUUCACAGGAAACCCAUAAAGCCCGCCGAUAACAAACGCUUUCCUACGUGACAACUGGAAUGUAGCUUUACUAUUAGGGGAAUUUAUACCUUUGUGCCAUGAAAGGAAUGUUUCUUUGCCAUGCAAUGAUGAAGCUUUUUCAGAUUAUUUGUAGUAAUGUGGGCUUGAGAGGAAGACUCGUGUGCGGGUGUCCUCCUAACAGUGGGUGAGUAUUCACGAGGGCUUUCAACACACGGAGUACUCGCCGCUAGCUUCUGUGGUUGAGGAGUCAUGUCUCUGAGUGCAGCGAAACCUUUCACGAUGUGCCUUCAGUCUCUCUGUGGUUCUCUGUUACGGAUCAUGGUAUGUGGCAAUAUGCACAAUGCCUUAACUUACCGAUGUUACAGAAUUUAAUCUUUAUUAUUAUUAAACUGUAAUAAAGUUACAGUUUUGUAACUUUAUUAGUUGAUUGAACCAAAACAAAUGUUUUGACAUCCAUCUUUGUAAGAGUGCUAAUGCAUAAAUUGUGCAUUGAAAAGUUGAAUGAGAUUAUUAUUUAUAAAUCCACCAGAUGUGCAGGUCUCUGGUAUAAAAAGAACUUGGCUGUGGAGAACAUUCAUUCAGUCUACUCUGUUCCGAGAUAAGACUGUUUUGGCUCCAAAAACAUUACUCUCUGUGCUAGUUCCACUAACGUUUGAAAAAACCAAAGACAUAAUCAGAUCUGUUCGUCAUGUGUUUAUGGAUUUUAACAGAAAAAGGGGAGAAAAUCAUUUGGAUAUUCAUUGUUUUUGAUCUUAGCUGGGAAAACUGUCUUUGUAAUGGCUAAGUUAUUUGUAAAAAAAUAAAUAAAAAAAAUAAUAAAAAUAAAUAAAUACUGUCUC